AAGUGAGGGGAGACGAGUUUAAAUAUCAUGCGAAUCUGCGUUUAACAAACCUAUGAAUCUGCUGACCUAUUAUUUCUCUGUCGGUUCAUUUUCCCAUGAUCUUCGCCAUCUCUCAUGGCUUAUCCACAAACCAGGAACCCACUCUUUAGUAGCUCUCAUAAUCUUCGAGAACACUCUCCACAACGAGCUGAUCAGGAGUUUGCAUGUGUACGGAUUGGAAGAUGGGAAAGAAAAGCUGGUGGAGAGAGAGUAUUUGUUCAGAGAGGAAGGCUGUUAUAAGGAAAUGGCAGCCACCCCAGUAAUCAGCUUGCAUGGAUUGCGGGUUCCUGAACUGUCUGAAGGGAGAGUAAUGGGUUCGUGGCUGUGCAUUUUCGCAUUUCAUGCGCACCGUCUUUCUCCUUCCUUCCGUAUUCCAUCUAUACUCUCGAUUUCCAGAAAUCCCAAGCUGAAAUCAAUCCCAACAUUGACGAUGGAUCUCCAGGUGGCUUUAGUUUUGAUCUCAGCAACAGAAGACAAAGAACAGGCACAGGAACUGUCUGAUGGAGAUAGAGCUAAUCACCAUGGAGGAAGAGUAAAGCGCCCUGUAUUUGAACUAGAUCUGAACUGUUUACCUGAUUGCAUUUCUGCAGAUGAAUUAUCUGAAGAUCAGCAAACUGAACAGAGUGAGCCAGGUGCUUUGUCGAAAAAGAAAACGAGGGCAAAAUCUAAGGACAUAUCCAGAAUUGGUUUGGAAGAUCUUACCAAAUACUUUGAUCUUCCAAUUGCAGAAGCUUCUAAAAAAUUGAAGGUUGGACUCACAGUUCUGAAGAGAAAGUGCAGGGAAUUUGGUAUUCCUCGCUGGCCACAUAGGAAAAUCAAAUCCCUUGAUGGUCUUAUCCGUGAUCUUCAGGAAGAGGCAACAUACCAGCAAGAAAAGAGCGAGGCUGCAGCCAUGGCAGUGACAAAAAGGCAAAAGAUGCUGGAGAAAGAAAAAGAAACUAUAGAGAGGAAACCCUUCAUGGAGAUCCAGACUGAGACAAAGAAGUUCAGACAGGAUAUUUUCAAGAGGAGGCACAAAGCUAGAGCCCUUAAAAACCAGAGUUCAUCAACAUCCUCGAGUGUAGAGAACUAAAUAUACAAGUAUACAGAUGACAUUUUCAAGGUAAAGCAAAGGGCUAGAGCUCUUUAAAGAUACCCUUUUUGAGAUUGCAUAAACAUCAAUAAUGCCAUUUGUAGAGUUUCUGUAUCUAAUAUUCACAGCAGCGCUUUGAAGAGUUGCUUUUAGUAUUUCUGAAA